CUAGGUACCUAGCUGUAGGAAGUGCCCUGUGCGGAGGUUGUUGCGUCAUUUUUAGGCGCGCGUGCCGCCUUCAUUUAUUUAUUUAUGGUUUAGCAAGCGUGCGUCAAGCGUUGUUCUGCCACUCUCGGCACGGACUUUAAACGCAACAUGGCUUUGGUGUCAGCCGAUUCUAGGAUUGCUGAACUCCUGGGAGAAUUGCACCAGCUUAUCAAACAGACCCAGGAGGAACGAUCAAGAAGUGAACAUAAUCUUGUGAAUAUCCAGAAAACACAUGAACGGAUGCAGACGGAGAACAAGAUCUCUCCAUAUUAUCGGACGAAAUUACGUGGCCUCUAUACAACAGCUAAGGCUGAUGCAGAAGCUGAAUGCAACAUCCUGCGCAAGGACUUGGACAAAAUUGCUGAGAUAAAGUCUCUUCUGGAAGAACGGCGAAUUGCUGCCAAGAUUGCUGGCCUCUACAAUGACUCUGAACCGCCACGCAAAACCAUGCGCCGUGGAGUGCUGAUGACUCUUCUCCAGCAGAGCGCCAUGACUCUUCCAUUGUGGAUUGGGAAGCCUGGAGAAAAGCCACCUCCCCUUUGUGGUGCCAUCCCCGCCUCCAGUGAUUAUGUGGCCAAACCAGGAGAUAAAGUAGCAGCUCGCGUCAAGGCUGUUGAUGGCGAUGAGCAGUGGAUCUUGGCUGAGGCUGUGAGCUACAAUCAUGCCACCAACAAAUAUGAGGUGGAUGACAUUGAUGAAGAAGGAAAAGAGCGUCAUACCUUGAGCCGACGUCGCAUCAUCCCUCUACCUCAGUGGAAGGCCAAUCCUGAAACAGACCCUGAGGCCUUGUUCCAGAAGGACCAGUUGGUCCUGGCCUUGUACCCACAAACCACCUGCUUCUAUCGAGCCCUUAUCCACGCUCCACCUCAGCGGCCUCAAGAUGACUACUCAGUCCUCUUUGAAGAUACCAGCUAUGCAGAUGGCUACUCUCCCCCCCUCAACGUAGCUCAGCGCUAUGUUGUGGCUUGCAAAGAAACGAAGAAGAAGUGACGUUGCCCUGCAGCUGCAGCUUGGUGAAGAACAAGGUCUAUCCCGGUGAACUUCUGCAGAGGGACAGUGAAUAAAGCAGGAAGCAACAGAAACCUAUUAGAGUAGUCAUUUAAUUUAUUAACCUAAGACAUUUGCACUCCAAUGCAACACAGGCAGUUAGCUUUGUGAGAAAUGAUUAUAUGAUUAUUACAAAGGUUAAUUAGAAUUGUUAAUUGCUUUGGAAACAGCCAACUAAAAUUCUGUGAAUAAAGAACAGGCAAUUGUCUGUUAUUUGUCGAUUUCUGUUAUUUGGAUUUUUAAAGUUUUCCUCCUUGCAGCUGUGUUAUUUCAGCUUAGGCUGCUAUGAAGUGCUGCAUACUUUAAUUUUUUUUUCCCAGGGUUUUUUUCCCCUGUGUUAAGAAGAUUGCAAAACCUCCUUCUUUGAAGGAAAGAUUUGGAAUUAAAUCCAGCAAUUGAAACACAAAGACUCGACCUGAAUUUGUGAAAAUCUAAAGGAAAGUAGGAGGGCAUUGGGGAAUUUUUUAAUAUUUUGGGGUGAAAAGAAUCACUGAGAUAAUGUUACUAAUUGUUUCUAUUGCACAAUUGCCGCUUUUAUUCAUUUCACCACUGCAAAAAAAACUAAAAGUAGUGUUGCUAUUCUGAUAUGACCAGAAUUCUGAUAGAAUUUUAUUCCAAGGAUUGGAACAUUUUCAAAGCUGCGUAUGGUGACUUGGAACUAGUCUUUAAAAAACAGAUUGCAUAACUUUAUUUUAUUUAUUGCAUAAAUUGUAACAUUUAAACCACACAAAAAUAAAAAUACAAAAGCAAAGUAGAAAAGAAGUAACUACUAAUAAAAAAACAAGUUAUGAAGAAGAGAACUUCAUAAUGCAUUUGAUAAUAAUUGCUUGGUGGCUUCAGUAGAAAUUAUACAAUCAACAGUUUUCUGAAGUAUAUCAAAGCAUUUAUGUAAUAUUUAAACAAAUGUUACUGGGAAGUGCAAAGACCAGAUAAUGGUGGCCCUCAAUCUCUAGAAUAUUCAUUGGGAAGAAUUAUAGAACUAAAAAUUAUAUUUCCAGAAAUGAGGACGUUAUAAACAUUUGAUUUCUUUCUUCUUCCUUGACAAUUUUAGGAGAACUCUUAAACAGAAUAGUUUUUUUUUUCCUUGAAAAUAUUUUACUUCUCAUCCAAGAAGUUUCUUGCUUCUUGGAUGAGAAGAAACGUUUUCAAGGAGGAAAGGCCAAGAAAGACCAGUUGCCUUUUGAAAAGCACCUUUGGGACAACUGUGACCUGGAUGAUUAAGGAUCUCCAUAGACAUUUCGCUCAAUAAAAAUAUUUAUAAACUUAGUGAAAAAUGGGGAAAAGGACAGUGUUGUUUCUUUUUAAAGAGAUGAUGAAAAUUUUAAAAAAUGAAUUCUAGUUGGUGUCAGCUAAAGAUGGCUUUUUUACCUACCAAAGUUUUGAAGUGAUUUUUUGUUUAGGAACAGAAACAAUAGCUGCCAUGUAAAUGUUUUAUGUGACCCUUUGUUCUUGAGGAAAUUGCAAAAAAGUGCAUGGCGUAAUGUUCUUCAAUAAAUCAAGCUUGAACUCAGAAUAAACAAAAUCUUACCAAAUUAA